UCGAAAUCCAAAUAAGUUUUUUGUUCCAUCCAUAGACAAUCUGUUUUUUACUUUUUUCUAAAGAAGUAUGAAUCAUGGCUAAAUUAUUUUUUUUUGGACUAUUAUUAUAUUUUUCGAUAUUCAUUUAUGUAUAUUGUGAUGAUACUCAGCAAUGUACUAUAAGAGAUCCAAAAAACCCUUGUGUAUGUUAUUUUGAGGACAAAAGAAAAAUAGAUAUCUCUAACUUAUUUCCUAAAAAGAAAGAUGCACCUGACCUCAGGUUUUUGGAGGCUCAAAAAGACGAUUAUCGUUUUUUCUUCCACGGAUGUACUUCGGCUCAAUUUAAGCCCUCUGAUUAUAAUAUCGAAUCUAACAAAACUUUAACAGGUUCUCUGAUAGUAUAUAAUACAAAAAGGGUUGGAAAUAAAACUAUACCCAGUCUUGAAGUUCUAGGAAAUCCAACCGAUAUCAAAUAUCAUGUUUUACCAGACGAAGCGGAGCCUAAUGAAUUAAUUUUCCAGAAUAAGGAUAACAUAACAGCUGCUUUUCGGUUAAUAUGUGAACAUUAUGAUAUACCUUAUAUACAAAUAAUAGAUGAUCCUAAGAGUCGUCAAUUCACACUCAACUCUCCACAUGCAUGUGUAAUUGAGAGUUCUGAUGAUUCAAGUACUGGUGCUACAUUGUUGAUGAUCUUUCUCAUCAGUUGUGUCAUCUACUUUGUUGGUGGAGGUUGUUUAUUACAUUUUGUGAGAGGGGCCAGAGGAAUUGAGAUCAUACCAAAUAUUGAUUUCUGGAGAAAAUUACCGGGUUUGAUCAAAGAUGGUACACUAUUCCUUUUUGGUGGUUGUAGUACGAACUAUUUAUCAUCUUCAGAAGUAUAUGAUCGAAUUUAGAACUGAAUAAGCAAAGUAUGCUGUGACUGAUCUUUCUCAAAUGUACAAAUAAAAUUAAGAGCUGAUAGAUUUUUAAAUGGGAAUGUAUGUUUUGUGACUUUCUUGAAUGUUUAUAUUUCAUAUCAAUGUGACUUUAAUAAAACAUCCCUAUUACUUAGAA